AUGGAGAAACCAGAGAUUGUCUACAUCGAGCUUAGAUCGAUAGAACAUGCAAAUUUGUUUGCAUUAAUGACUGUGUUUAUAAGACGUAAUAAAUUCCUAGUGAGCCCCGACGAGUUUAUGGCAGGAGGAAAGACUGACAGCAGUGGUCAUUUCGAAAUCAGUGGACAUGCAAGCGAGUUCACAUCGAUAGAACCGAAACUCAACAUCUAUCACGACUGUGAUGACGGCAUCAUGGUAAGUGGUCUCAUCUGCAAACCUCAAAUUUUCGUUCCUCAAAAUGCACGUCGGAAAGUUCAUUUCCCAUCCUUUUGGGACUUCUGA